AUGCGAUUGAAUCUUCUUUCCAGUCACACGGACAUUUACCCACAAUCACACCCCACACCUGAACUUGAACAUCGUGUUGAUCAAAUUCUUGAAAAUAUUCUUGCGCAACAUUCUAUUACACAAUCAUCAUCAUCAUCAAAUCUUAAUCGAUCGAAUUCAACAUCAUGUCAACUUGUACGAUCAUAUAUUCAAGCAGAAUCCAGAAAUUCAACAAUAUUACAAUCAUCUAUAUUUAAUUUUAGUCAACAUCAACCAGAAGUAUCAUUUCAUAGAUAUGAAUUUAUAACAACUGGAUCUCAAAAUUUAUCGAAUCAGUCAGGAAUGAAAGGUAUCUCAAAAACGAAGGCUCCGCCAUCGAUUUGUAAUCUAUUGUCAACAUUUGAUGAAAGUCAAAAUGGAUCAACAUGUCAAUUUAUUACAUUAACUCCAUUGAUUCAUUUAACACAAUCGGAUCGAACUGUUCUUACAAAUUUAGAAAAGUCAAAUUUAUUUUCUUCAUAUUUUGAUGUUUAUUAUGCUCUAAAAGAACAAAUUCUGGAUAAUUUUAAUAAUGCAUUAACAAGUGCUCGAUCUGUUUCUUCAAUCAGUUUAGUAACAUCCAAUGGUUAUUGUAAUCCAGCACAAUGGUAA